UUAAUCGUAGUCGGCAUAUUUUAUGCGAUACCAGUUUUUCAACUUGUAAUAACGUAUCAAAAGAUUGUGAGACGAACGGGAAAUGAUGGAAUAUGCUAUUAUAACUUCAAAUGCAGUCACCCUCUUUAUAUCUUCUCGGCGUUUAACAACUUCAUUAGCAAUAUCGGCUAUGUCAUGCUAGGAUUUUUAUUUAUAGUUGUACUGAUCAACUUAUUCAUUUCCUUAGAAAGGGCAUAUAUUACAAAGCUGUACAACGAUAAUUACGGAGUUCCCCAACGGUACGGGAUUUAUGCUGCAAUAGGUAUAGCUUUGAUUAUGGAGGGCAUUCUGAGUGCUUGUUACCAUAUCUGUCCAAACAGAUCCAAUUUUCAAUUCGAUACCUCGUAUAUGUAUGUCAUUGCAAUUCUUUCCAUGGUCCAAAUUUAUAAUAUUCGUCAUCCUGACUUAAUUGCUAGCGCACACCUAGUUUUCCUGUCGUUCGCCCUAGUUAUCUUUAUGGCCGUUUUUGGUGUAUUAUUUAAAUCCGUUGCUAUAUGGAUCAUAUUUGACCUGAUCUAUUUUGCUGUGGUUACAAUCUUAUCCUUGCAAAUAUAUUAUGACGGAAAAUGGAGUUUUAGUUUAAGAGCACUGAGAAGAAUUUGUAGUAGGAGAGAUUGCAUAGCAUCACUUUAUUCCAAGGUGAUUUUCGAUAUGAUUUUAAUAUUUGUGUACCUAAUAUAUCUCAAAUUUUGUUAUAGAGGUCUAUAUGGUGUAAUAAAAGAGCCGGAUGACUUUGGCACUUUUUUCCUCGCCAUUUUUAUAAGUAAUUUAGCUGCCUAUUUGCUUUAUUAUACUAUAAAAAAGGUACGUAUUUUGAAUGAGAAAAUUCUUUGGAUGCCAUUAAUUUUAAUGCUUAUAACUGGCGCUUUGUGGGUUUCAGCAAUAUAUUUCUUUUUCCAUCCAGUAUCUUGUUGGCAGUGCUCUCCAGCUAAUUCACGUGAAUACAACAAGCCAUGUAUAUUUUUAAAUUUUUUUGAUGAACAUGACGUCUGGCACCUUUUAUCAGCAGGAGCUCUUUAUACCUCUCUACUGCUCCUACUGACGUUGGAUGAUGACCUAAUUAGCGUUCCAAGGGAUAAAAUAAGAGUUUUUUAA